AUGAGACGUGCCAAUCUCGGUGAGGGAGGCCCGGGUCACUAUGUUGCGAGUGGCUACAGUGUGUAUGAGGAGGAGAACGAGCAGCUGCAGGAGGGACUGCGGGCUAAAGUCAGCGCCCUCAGAGAUUUAACCAUUGACAUUGGAACUGAAGUCAAAUACCAGAACAAGAUGCUGGACGAGAUGGACUCGGACUUCGACUCGACGGGGGGGCUCCUGGGGGCCACGAUUGGCCGGGUCAAGCAGCUGUCCAGAGGGAGCCAGAGCAAGGUGCUGUGCUACAUGCUGCUCUUCUGCCUCUUUGUCUUCUUUGUGCUGUACUGGUUCAUCCGGCUGAGGUGA